AUGAUCUAAAGCUAUUACAAGUAUCUAAAUCAAAAUGAUAGGUAAAGCUAGCAAUAUGAACUAGCGAAAUCAAAAUAUUUAAUUGUAGCUGCAUCUAAAGACGCGUCUAUUAAUUAGAAAGGAUAACAUGAUUUUGACUAUAAGGCAUCCUAAAAUGAUACAGAUGAAAUGGGGCUAUUAUUUAAGAUAAAAAAGAUUAAAUCUCCUAAAUAAAUAAUAAAUUUCAAUAAACUUUCUUUUGAGACAAUUUAAAAUCUCUGUAGAAGUCUAAUUGGGCUAUUUAAUUAGCCUGAUUGCUGCGGUAGUCUCGUAUAUUAUAAUGGACAUGGAGACAAAGAGGGAAAUUGGUUACUCUAAUGCAUGAAUGAUUAAACUUAAAAAAUUGAAUUAGUCAGGUUCACAUUAAGUGAUUUAUUGACUCUUUGGGAAAAGCGUGCUUCAAAUAUGAAACACCUAUUCCUGAUUAUGGAUAGUUGCUAUGCUGGCAAAUGGGUAGAAAGUUUAAAAAACUAAAAAAAUACUUCUGUUUCUAUUUUAUCUGCUUGCAAUUCUACAGAGCCAACCUUUUUAAUUGAUGGAUUUGGUUCUUAUUUUACAAACUAUUUGGUUUGGACAUUUGUUGAGUCGUUUGCUAGUAAGCAGAAGUAUUUGCUACCUCACAAAAACUUGCAUCCUUGCUCAUAUAGUUAUGAUUAUUCCAUAUUAAAAUCAGUAUUUAAUUUUGAAAUUAGCAAGGAUAUAACAGGCUGGUAAGAUUUUGAUUAAAUACAUUAAUUUAUUAUUGAAGCUCCAAAAAAAAAAACUCAAGGCGAGUUGCAGAGCUUACUAUAACGAAUAGGAUUCCCUGAAGACUGCUUCAUAAAAUAAGAAGAGUUAGAAGAAGAUCAUAUUAAUCCAUUUUAAGAAUAAUACUUGGUGCUAAAUAUACCUAUAAGCUUAGACUUUUGCUAAAAAAUGUUAGCAUUUUCGCAAUAAAGAUCUCUAUUUUAACAAAAGUUGUCUUUUAAGAUUGAUAUGGAGAAAUCAAAAGAUCCAAUUGCACUAUAAACAAUAUUAAAACAGAUUUCGCAUUUAGAAUAUAUAUCUAUAAAUGUCUCAAGUUGCUAGAUUGACUAAAAAUUAGCUGCUACAAUAGCUAACUGUGUUGUUUAAUAUUAAAAUGCAAUAAGUUUUGAUAUAGAUUUGAGUUAAAACGAGCUUAAAGGAGAAAUAUUUUAAGUUUUUUGCAUUAUUUUUACAAAAUUAUGUAAGACCCUUAAAGAGUUAUUUAUAAAUUUUAAUUGGAAUUACAUCUAAAAUGAUAAUAUUUUGCCUCUAAUUAAUGUUUUUUAAAGCUAGAAGACUUUAGAAUGUCUUUCUUUAGGUUUAUCAUAAAAUGAUAUUGGAGAUUAAAGUAUGGCUAAUGUUUUUUCAGAAAUUCGCUAAAUGGUUAAAUUAAAUUAGCUGGUACUUCAUAUUUCAAAUACCUAAAUUGGAAAUUAAUCUCUAAAGUCAUUAGCAGAAUCACUAAAAAGCCUUAAAAACAUUGAAGGUGUUAAAUUGAUUGCAAAAUGGAACCAAUAAAUAUCAAGUGAAGGUGUUAUGUAUUUAGUAUCUGCAAUAAAAGGCAUUACAAAUCUUAAAGAAUUAAUUUUAGAUUUUGAGUUCAAUAGCAUAGAUGAUUAAGGGGCCAAAUAAAUCAUAGAUAUGCUAGAUUCUUUAAAAAAUAUAGAAAAUUGUGAAAUUAAUGCUGAGGCAAAUCAAAUUUCAGAGUAGCUUUUACAAGAAAUUAAAAAUCGUCUAAAAUAAAAAAACUACUAACAAAAAAAAAUAUGA